AGUACGCUCUACUGCCCAGUGUUGUUUAUUUACUGUUAAUUUAUUAUUAAAUAGUGCAGUUGGAAUGUGACUGGAUGAAAUCAUGAAUUCAUUUGGCGCAGUAUCUGCAAGUAUGCUGUUCGCAAGUGUGAUAUUUUUAACGAUAUCAUUUGUUACAAGCGGCGUUGUACAUAAAUGUAGGACUUGCAUCAAAGUGAAUACAGCUUGUUACAACAUAACACAUUUGUUGGAACUAGAUGCGCCGUUUAGAAACACUAUAGUGAUACACAAAAUGGGAAUACUGAGAUCCAGGAAUGUGUUAUACUUCAGUUUUGAACCCGCACUCGAAGAUUUGGAAUACAAUAAAAUAGGGUUUGUAAGUUUGGAUAAUCCAGAAGAAAAAGGUAUAAUUUCGGGUAACAAAAUAAUGAAUUUCGGUACAUUUGAUGUGGAUCAGAAUAAUGAAAUCAUUUACUUAGGCGGUAGCGAUGGGAUUUUCGUUUUAGAAACGAAAGAAAACAUCUUAGCGUUUUUCAGUUCGAGGGGUGAUUCAAUACAAAAUGUAUUCUACAAAGGUAAUGUGUAUUUCGUUAUAAAUGGACAGAGUAAGAUAACAAGAAAGAAAGGAGACAAUUUCGAAGCGUAUUUAGAAAGUGAUAAAAUUAAAAAUUUCGUUAUAACUAAAAAUGAUGUUAUUGUUUAUUUGAGUAUUCUUGGUUUGUUUGCUACUAAAAGGAACGAAACUGUUUCUCUGUCGAAUAAUCCGUUUUUUAGAGGAUUAACUAUUGACUUGGAUGAUGUUGUGUACACUUGGUGGGUUGAUGGUAUUUAUAAAGUGAAUAUAGCAAAGAAUUUAACGGAAUCUUAUGUACGUAGGGUUGCUUAUUUACCUAGUAUUGGUUCUAUGGUUUUUGACAAUGAUAAUAAUGUGCUGUUUACAUCGGACAGAGAUUUAUAUGCACUUACCGAAACUAAUGCAACAACUAUUUGUUAGUUUUUUUGAUUAGCAGAUUUUUGUUGAUUAACUAAAAUUCCUUUUAACGAUUCCAGGUAUGUUUGUAAAAGCUUGUCCUAGAAUUGACGACAAUAAUAUGCCGGGAUUCGAACCCUCGACCGCAAGUCAAGAUUAUUGGCGCUUAUUUAUAAUUGAUAACCAUAGUAAGAAACGUAACAAAUUUAACUUAAUACUGUCAACAUAGGAAUGUUAGUAAGAGCGCGCACACGUUUGAAUAAAUAAUCGCACAACCGUUAUGCGAUUGUCGAAUUGGCAGUCCAUAUAAAUAAAAUGAAGUAUUAUGCGCGCCUUCAUUUACAUGAAUCAUCUCAUAGGAAUCAAAGCGGGAUUAAACAGCUGUGGAUAGUUUAGUCAAAUGUGUGCGUGAGCUCUAAGUGAUGUAUGCGCUGCGCUUAGUUUUUCGGACUGCUUGUAAUGUUCCACGUAAGUUGUAAUCAGCGUUUGAACUAAAUCAAAUUUUGUUCUACAUCGCACUAUUAAGUUAUUUAGAUGUUAAUGAUUUUUUUUUUGUUGUCGCGGGGAAUGCAUUU